GCAGAGAGGCACGCAGCGACCGACCGACCGACCGACCGACCGACGGCCGGCGAUGGUCUAGGCGCCCCUCGGCCGCCCCCUCCCCCGGACGCCCCCCAAGCAGGCCCUGCCCUCGCCCCCCGGCACCGGGCUCCUCCGCCUCCCUCGGCGCUCCGGUCCUCCCGCUCCGGCGCUCCACCUCCUCCUCCUCCGGGGAGGCCCGGGGAAGCCGCGGCGGCCGCCAGCAUGAGCGGCUCGUUCGACCGCAAGCUCAGCAGCAUCCUCACCGACAUCUCCAGCUCGCUCAGCUGCCAUGCGGGUUCCAAGGACUCGCCCACCCUGCCCGAGUCUUCGGUCACGGACCUGGGCUAUUACAGCGCCCCCCAGCACGACUACUACUCGGGCCAGCCCUACGGCCAGACGGUGAACCCCUACACCUACCAUCACCAGUUCAACCUCAACGGGCUCGCGGGCACUGGCGCCUACUCGCCCAAGUCGGAAUACACCUACGGGAGUUCCUACAGGCAGUACGGGGCGUACCGGGAGCAGCCCCUGCCCGCCCAGGACCCAGUGUCGGUGAAAGAGGAGCCGGAAGCCGAGGUGCGCAUGGUAAACGGCAAACCCAAGAAGGUCCGAAAGCCGCGCACCAUCUACUCCAGCUACCAGCUGGCCGCCCUGCAGCGCCGCUUCCAGAAAGCCCAGUACCUGGCCCUGCCCGAGCGCGCCGAGCUGGCUGCCCAGCUGGGCCUCACACAGACCCAGGUGAAAAUCUGGUUCCAGAACCGCCGCUCCAAGUUCAAAAAGCUCUACAAGAACGGGGAGGUGCCGCUGGAACACAGUCCCAACAACAGUGACUCCAUGGCCUGCAACUCGCCGCCAUCACCGGCACUCUGGGACACGUCUUCCCACUCCACUCCGGCCCCCACCCGCAAUCAGCUGCCCCCGCCGCUCCCGUACAGUGCCUCUCCCAACUACCUGGACGACCCCACCAACUCCUGGUACCACGCACAGAACCUCAGCGGACCCCACUUACAGCAGCAGCCACCUCAGCCAGCUACCCUGCACCAUGCCUCCCCGGGGCCCCCGCCAAAUCCUGGGGCUGUGUACUGAGCGUCCUCCCGGCCCGCGCCAGUUCCCCCGACCUGACAAAGGACCCCCCCCAGGACCAGGCAGAAGGUGCCCUGUCCUAGCGACACUCAGGAAUCAUCAAGGGGCCCAGGGGAAAGACUCCCUUCCCCAUCCCUCGUCCCUUCCUCCAGGGACCUAAGAACCUUCAGAUGAUGCGUGGACUGCGGAUGCCCCCAUUCCCUCCCUCUGCUUAGACUGGGGUGCCCUCCAGAUGUUGGGGCAUCCCACCCCAGUGGGGGACAGCCCAUGCUCUCUGCUCCAGGAACCUGGAUUGCCUCUAGAUGGCUCGUCACUUUCCUGCUUUGCAGACGGAGCAGAGACCUCCAAAAAUGGGGAGAGCCGGAGUGCUCGCCUGCUCGCCGGGUCCAGCCCGUGCCGGGGCACCGGGCACCACGGAUUCCAGCACUGCCAGGCCCUAAACCACCUGGGGCAGCCAGCCGCUCUGGAGCCACUCUUUUAAAGACAUUGGACAUCACGGUCAGGGCUGAUCGUCAAGGUGGCGGCCUGACCUAGCACCCACUGUUCUCCAGCCCUCGUUUAAGAUUUUGAGGGUCAAACCAAAGAAGAUGAUGCCCCCACGUGAGGGAGCCUUUUUAAUAUCCAGGGCUUUCGAGGGAAGACUCAGGGAAGCCUUCUCUCUGCCCCUUCCCUGGCGAGAAGGGCCGCCUGUGUCUUUUCCUAAGGACCGAUUUCUUCUUCCAUGUACAGGGACUUUUGCACAACUCUGGUUUUAAAAGCUGUUGAAACGUAGGACAACAAAGGGCAUUGUUAACAGUUAGGACCAAAUCCCACUCAUCUCUCCAGGGCUCGGGCAUCUCUGCUCUGCCCUGUCCCAACUUCACUCCUUCCUUUUCUCCCAGUAAGUUGGCAGUCUGGGGGUCAGACCCCGACUCUCAUGUACCAGGCAAGACAAAUUCCCCCCAACACCCCCUUCAUGGCAGCUUUGGAGACAGAUUGCUUCCACUCCGCUGCAAAAAUGCAAAGCGAGGAGCCAGGAGACGAGAGGAGGCCUAGAACUCAGUGCCUUAGGGGUGAGGCUGGUGGCUUGGACGGCUGGUUCUAGUGUCUCUCCCUGGCCCAGGUGUCCCCCCCUCGCCCCCUCCCCCAAGCUAACCUUCUUCUGCCCCUGAUGUGGUAAAACAUCGAAGAAAAGGAGAGGUAAAAGACUGUAGUUAUAUAUAUAUAUAUAGUAUGUUGUUUUUUUUUUGUUUUUUUUUUUUUUUAAAGAGCAAACCAAGAGAAGCAGCCUCCUCCCCUGUGGUUUCCUAUUUAUGUGACCCUGCUCCUCGUGGACCAAUCUCCCUGCGUGUUGCAAGCUGAAAAGGAGGGAUGUGGGCUCCUGCUGGAUUUGGGUUUCGUGGGAGGUUGCAGGAGCAAGAAGAGAUGUGGUGGGUCUCCGAGUCCUACCCCGAAGGGACAGGAAUGAAGCCAGCUCCCACCCCUCCCCAGCCUUCUCCUUUCUGCUUUCUUACUGGACCAGUCUUUAUAUAUAAUGUUAAUAAAAAAAAACCAAAAAAACAAAAAAAAGGAAGAAGAAGAGGAAAAUAACCAUGGUGCUCUUUGAACUGGAUACUAGUGGCAGGCAGCUCUCUCUCGAGGGCAGGCCUGGAGUUGGGGGAGGCGUUGAGGGGGAGAGACCCCUCUGAGCUUCUAGGGGCUGCUGAGAAAGACAAGGCCUGGGUGGAAACGGCUGGUGGGAUGCCGGGCUCGGGCUGGGGGCAGGGGUUCCUGACCCUGGAGCUGCCCACGCUGUGAGCAGGCUCCUAAGCAGAGCUUCCCCCACUCUGCUUGGUGGCUUGGCGUUCUCUGUCAGCCAGCUGUCCUCUACCACCGCCAUGGCUGCUGCCAGGUCACCUCGGGGCUGCUCUUUGAUCUUGAGCUCACACACAGACAUGCUUGCACACGCGUGUAAAAACCCCUGCCUCCACGCCCAGGCACUCCCAGCCCCUCACCCAGCUGUCUAUCCCUUUUAGCUUGGGUGAGGGUGGGACCAGCAGAGCGGGACUGUUCUUAUAGCUGGUGGGGACCUCAGACUGGGCUUGGGGAACAGCGAGCUUAGGGGAAGGGGCUCUGUGUUUCCCUUCUUGGGAAGGGCGUGGCCCUGACUCAGAAUCUUCUAGAUGCUGUUACUGACUGCCUAUGCUGGAAAUGCUGAGCCCUUCUUCCAGAUCCCGACGCCAAGGCUUCUGAGAGGAGGAUGAAUGUGUGUGUGUGUGUGUGUGUGUGUGUGUGUGUGUGUGUGUACCAGGAGGUGGCAUAGAUGCCUGACUACACUCUACAGCUUUCUAUCAGAUAGGCACAUAGUGACAUCUCUUGUCACAUAUACAUGUAGUCCCAGUUGAGGAGAAUUGUCACCCUUUGAGGAAAUUGACACCCCUCACACCAAAGAGAGUUAGGCCUCCAACACACAAGUGCAGAAUACACUUAGGUUUCCCCAUCAUGAGACACAUACACACACACACACACACACACACACAGAGUGCACAGAAGCAGUCUUGUUAGAAAGUCAGUGACAACAGCCAGCAGCUUCAGUGACCCAGCUCAGCCUGGAACCACAGGUCAGGUCUUAGUGUACUGUCCAGUGGAGCCUCUGGGGGGCUAUGUGGCGGAGACACAGCAGAGAUGACAAGACAGAGGAUGGGCCUGGCUCCCAGCGCUUGCCACAGGGAAGCCAGGUCCUCAGGACAGGACCACAGCCCCAACCCCAGCCUGAGCCUCUCUAAGAAGACCUCACCCUCCCUGCAAGCGAGCCAGGGAGGCUCGGGGGAGGAGGCCACGCCCAUGGGACUGGCUCAGACUAGUAAGGGUUAAGCUGGCAGCUGC